AAUUAUAAAGACACUCUGAAGGCCAACUCAAGGCUGUUGCGGUCUCCUGAGGUCGCAGAUGGUUGUUAUGCACUGCUGUUGCUGUGGAGGCGGAGUGCAGCCUGUCGGGACGGUCGGUCGAAGACGAGGGGACGUAACUGUCACACGCUGGAGGAGCGCUGCGAAGUUGACCUGCGGGAUGAGGAACUGAAUGGAAGAAAUUUAGUAAAAUGGAUAGUGCUUGUUAAAAAAAAAAAAAUAGAUUCAGCGAAAAGGUCGUGAGUGUCAUAAAGAUAAAAGAUCCCAAGGAGUCUCGUGCGCGCGGACGUGCCGUCGGAUCUGGAGCGUGACCUGUCGUUUACUGCCGCGUUUGUUUGGGGACGUUAAUUAAACGUAGACUCCCAAGGUCUGGAACUCUGAAUAGAACAGUAGUUCUUAAUAGCAAACUUUCACACGAAAAUUGAUCCAUUGUUGCUCCGACGCCGACGAGGACAUACGGAGAGGAUCAAAUCAGCAUGGUUACCACAAAGGGAGCAGGUCUGAACCCCAAUGCCAAAGUGUGGCAGGAGAUCCCUGCCCAACAGAAUGAGAGCCCAGUGGAAAUGGACAAUGCACCAUGGCUCCAUACCUGCCCUCCUUCUGCUGAAAUGACUGAAGGAUACUCAGAUGUUCCCUCUUCAGGAGGUAAAGGAUACUACAGUGAAUAUGUGGACAGCACUGCUGACUAUACUCCUGUAGCCACAGACAUUGUGAAUGACAUCAAUCCGUCUGACCAGGAGUAUUUAGCCUCUGACCCGCAGUGCGACUCCACCAUAGAUAAUGUGCCUGAGGCACAGCCGAUGUCUGAAGAGAGUUUGAGACAGUCUCUAAAGGAACGUCUUGAGUUCUUCUUUUCUAGAGAGAACCUCUCCAAGGACCUGUACCUAAUAUCCCAGAUGGACGGUGAUCAGUUUGUUCCUAUCUGGACACUUGCUUGUAUGGAGAACAUCAAAGCUCUUACCACUGACAUGGACCUCAUUCUGGAUGUACUGCGAGCCUCCCCCAUGGUGCAAGUUGAUGAAACUGGCAAGAAGGUUCGACCAAACCACAGUCGCUGCAUCAUUAUUCUGAGAGAAGUGCCAGAGACUACCCCAGUUGAGGAAAUUGAGGCUCUUUUUAAGAGUGAACACUGCCCAAAACUGUUAAGUGCUGAGUUUGCACACAACAGCAACUGGUACAUAACAUUUCAAUCAGAUAUGGAUGCACUACAGGCUUACAGGUACCUAAGAGAGGAAGUUAAAACAUUCAAGGGGAAACCAAUCAUGGCUCGCAUUAAGGCCAUUAACACAUUCUUUGGAAAGAAUGGCUUCUGCAGCAUUCAGGAUUCAGGCGUGUACAGUCAGCGUGCCCCGCUGCAGGCCCCGUAUGACUCGCCCGUCUAUAUGCAGCAGAUGUACAGCCCUCAGCAGCAGUACCCUGUUUAUCCUUUAGUAUCUCCCUCCUGGAAUCCUUCAGGCAUGCCUUAUUUUGAAACGCCAUUGGCACCUUUCCCCAGCAGUGGAUUCAUGAAUGGUUACAGCAAUCCUGGGAACUACAAAGCUAAUUCAAGCUCAGUCAACACACAUACUGCUAUCAACAGGAAUGGAAGUCGUUUAAAAGAUCACCCCAGGCCUGGAGAUAUGCACCCUUCUUUUGCUCCAAGGACCCAGAUGGAUGGUGUGCGUGGUCCAGCUCAUCUACAGGCCCUGCAAACAUCAGGGACCCUAACUGGCAUCACACCACAGCCAAUCUCUCUAGCCUCCUUCAACCUUAAAGAUAUGAGCGGAGCUGGACGUGGCAGAAGAGGCACCCAUAGAAACAUGAGGAGGAAAAGGGAAGAUGAGCAUACCACGAAGCCUGUCCCUGUAACAGAGACCAAGUCUUCACAUCCAAAGUUUGACCUGGCAGCUUCCAAUUUCCCUCCUCUGCCGGGAUCUGUGGUCAGCAUGCAGGAGGAAAGUGUGCCUGAGAUGCGCCUUUCUGAUAUUGUGCGUGGCCUGAAGGUGACGAACAAGUCUGGAGGCAAAGACAUUCACACAAACAUCUCAGAGGGUCCUGUAAGCAAACCCGAUCCUGUAACCCCAACUAAACCUGCUGUUGGGUCUCCCCAGACAACAACCCCACCAGUCUUAAGUGCUUCUCCUGUAGUGAAAGAAGAGGAUACUCCUGUAGUAAAGGAAGACGCUCCUGAAUCGAAGGGAAAAAUCUCCUCAUCCACACAAGAUCACCCUCCGUCACCUUCAGAACAUGCUCCCUCCAACUGCAGCCAGACCCUUUCUACAGAAACACUCUUGUCAUCUCCCACAACUCCAACAUCAGAACCGGGUCUUAGAAAGCUCAGCUAUGCAGAGGUGUGCCAGAAGCGGGCCAAAGAUCCACUGCCAACACAGGUGCCCUCUCCCUCUCCUUCUCCUGCUUCUUCAGCCAGCCAACCCCUGCAGGAGCUCAAGGUCAACAGGGUUGAGGAGCCUCGUUCCAACUGCAGACAGACUACAGAGAAACGUGGAGAUAAACGGCCUUUUCGGCAACCAUCGCGCUCCUUCAGAGGGGGAACUGGCCAAAUCAGAGUCAGAGAGACGGGGCAGAAGAUUCGGGAGCAUCAGAAGGGCCUGAAUACUGGCAAACUGUUUUCCCCACAGCGAGGAGCCAGACGCAGUGGCAAAGAACAGAAUAUCCCUCCAAGUUCGCCAAAGUAAUUAAAGGGAGGAAAAUGAACUCAAAACAGAAAAUAUGUGUAUAUAUGUGUAAUAUAUAAAGACAGAUCCCUAUAUUUCAUGACUUUGUCAAAUCUCUUUAGAUUACUGCAGUGCUGAAAUUAUUUUAAAGAUUGUAAAUAGAUUUUCUUUUUAGGAAAAUGUGGUCAUGGAUGGAUUUCAGUGUUUCUGGUGAUAAAACAUGCUUUGCUAAAAGUGAUGUCACCAUCAUAUUAAGAGAUGCCCCAUACGUGUGCUGAAUUUGUGGCAUCUACAUUUGUGGUUUAGAAAAAAAUGAGGUCUAUCUUUUUACAUGCAAGUAAUCUGAUAAACUAGUAACCUUUCAUCAACAGAAAGGACAAAGGUACAUUUGAUAUCAUUCUCAGCAUUUCAGUUAUUUUGCAUUGAAAUCAAGAAUAUAAUUAUUUUUGCCAUGGACUUGACAUAGGGUGGAGUGCCCUCUCUGGCUCAGGGACAAGUUCCUCCCCAAAGUGGAGGAGUUAAAGUAUCUCGGGGUCUUGUUCACAAGUGAUGGGAGAAGGGGGCAGGAGAUCAACAGACGGAUCGGGGCUGUUUCUGCAGUGAUGCGGACGCUGCACCGGUCUAUCGUGGUGAAGAGGGAGCUUAGUGUAAAAGCGAAGCUGUUGAUUUACCGGUCGAUCUACGUUCCUACCCUCACCUAUCGUCACAAGGCGUAGGCUCUUGCAACCCGGCCCCAGAUAAGCGGAGAUGGAUGGACUUGACAUGUUCAACUUCAGAGCGGGUUUAUGAACUCUUGGGAGGUUGGAGUAGCAAUAUUUGUAGAAAUGUUUGUAAAGUCUUGCUCUGCAAAUGGUGAAUCUUGGUGAAAUAUUGCCUUGGGCUUGUAAUCCUUAUUGAGUUUUGUAUUUUGCAAUCAUUUUCUGUUGUGCAAAAUUAGUACUGCUAACAUUGGAAUAAGUAGUAUAGUCUCAUGUCAUUUUUAUUGGAUUUUAUCUAAACUGUUUUUGUUUUUUAAUCAAGCAUAAAUAUCCAUAGGCUUUGCUGGCCAAAUAACCUACUAAUGCUAAGGGUUAGUGGCCAUAGGCAUGAAAAACUCGAUUGAUCAGAUCUUAGUAACACUGGCAUCUGAUUUGUAAAGUGACUUAAAGGGGCUGGUCUGCUAACUUUGGUUGUGGUUCCUGCAUUUAUUGUUUCAUGUAGGGUUUUUUUUUUUUGGAGUGGAAGAGUUUAUGCUGAGUCAGGUUUUCCUCAGUGAACACCUGUGUCUUUAUGGAUAAAAUGUUAUGGAUGGUUUGAGGGAUGGGGAGCAGACAUUUCCUCCUCAAUGUUGAUUUUAAAAGUAGCAUUUUAUUGCUCGAGUCACACGUCCCAUCAAAACAGAUGAUGUAGCUUGUGUAUCUAAAACCACUUUUUAAUUCUUUUGACAUAUGUAUUUGUUUUCUUUGCGUAUGCAAAUUCAGUUUUUGCAUUAUAUUCUCAGCUGUUUUUCUUCAUGAUAUUCAUGUUUGUAGUAUUUUUGGUGUGCAGACUGAUCUGUUUAUAAGGAGUUAGAUUAUGGUAAUGCAGCUCAUGCCUCAAUAAUGUUUGAGUUAUUACAGAUGACACAAGGGUAUUAAGAUCAAUUUCUCAACUUGUGCUGGGAUUUCGUUUCUGAUAUGGUUAGUUUAAGGUGUUACAAAUAGAAAUGUGUAUAAUUUAAGAUAUAACUACAAUUCAGAAGUUAACAGGCUGAACACUGCAGUAGAUUCUGUCUUGUAAUCAGUUUGUUUUUUGUUUUUUCUUGGUGAAACAGUUUAGUGUGUGCAGCUGAAUGAGAUGCUUCUUGUGAAUCAGACUACAAGGAGUUAUCAAACCAAACUCCCUUUAAUUUCAUUGUAAAAAGGCAAUAAAGGCAUAAAAUUGUAUUGAACAAGUUUAGGUUUGGAAACCUUAUUUUGUGGCAACAAAAAUUCCAGUUUAAUGUGUAACUUAGUUAUAAUCACAGCAGAUGGCCUAUGGCUGGUUUGACUGUCCAUUAUGUCACUGUGCCCCCCCCCCCCCAACAUAAAAAAUGUUUUUGGUAACUUAACCUUGGAUGAGAAUCAUGAUUUUUCUGGGCUUGAAUUUUUAAAUUUUUUGUUUGUAUGCUGAACAUUUUACUAGCUUGAAGUAUUAAAAAAUAAAAGUUUAUUUUUUAAA